AAUGACCUAAUGACAGCCAGUAUCUAAUGAUUUCGGCACUUGUUAAGGUAAAGUAAAGUUUUCGAUAUAAGAAAUUAAUGAUUGUUCUUAAUUCGACUAUAUUAAAUACGUCAUAUGCACAUUUUUGUUUUUAAAAAAAAGUUUGCAUCAUAAGUGCUGUAUUUAUUAAUAGUCCAUUUAAAUAGAGAUAUUCAAAUAUUGAGUGAGUUGUUGUUUGUGUACAAACUUUAUUAAAACUGCCGAAUUUUAUGAAGACGAACGUACGCGACAUGUAAACUUCAUUGCGAACUGAAGGCGUUUGGCGCGGCGUGAACGGCGGGCCGCGCCAUGGGUAACAAGUGUUGCAGCCGCCGACAUGACGCCGAGAGACCUCCUGUGUACCCUCACAAGAAUGAGCCCGGUUUCACAACGUGCCCCGUGUCUUUUGACACCCGGUACACUGGCGAGCCAAACACCAGGCAGCCGUCGCGACCUCCUGUUGACGUCGUAAGAACGACAACAAAAUGCAUAUCAAACGGCGGUCGUCGAGUCGUAAAAGCCCUAUGCGAGUAUACGGCUCGAGCGGACUCCGACAUCUCGUUUCACAAGGGCGACCGCAUGGAAGUCCUCAACAGCUCGGAGCCGGAUUGGUGGAUGGUGUUCCAUCUGACCACGAGGAGGGAAGGCCUGGUUCCAGUCAAUUACGUCGCCGAAGAGAGUUCAGUGGAAUGUGAAGACUGGUUCUUUCCUCACGUGUCGAGGAAGGAGGCCGACAAACUCCUCCUAGCCGAGAGCAACCCCCGCGGUACGUUCUUGGUCCGACCGGCGGAGCACAACCCUCACGGCUUCAGCUUAAGCGUCAAAGAUUGGGAAGACGGAAGGGGCUACCACGUGAAACAUUAUAAAAUAAAGCCGCUCGACAAAGGCGGUUUUUAUAUCGCCACAAACCAAACCUUCCCGAGCUUACCCGCUCUCGUCAUGUCGUAUACGAAAAAUGCAUUAGGGCUGUGUCACGUCCUGGCCCGGCCUUGUCCGAAGCCCGAGCCGCAGAUCUGGGACCUCGGGCCCGAACUGCGGGACAAGUGGGAGAUACCCAGGAUGGAAAUACAACUCAUUAGGAAGCUCGGUCAAGGAAACUUCGGCGAAGUCUAUUACGGGAAAUGGAGGAAUAAUAUUGAGGUCGCCGUGAAGACUCUUCGCGAGGGCACAAUGUCGACUCAGGCCUUCCUGCAAGAGGCGGCGAUCAUGAAGAAGUUCCGGCACAACAAGCUGGUCGCCCUGUACGCCGUCUGCUCGCAGCAGGAGCCGGUCUACAUCGUCCAGGAGUACAUGAGCCGCGGCUCCUUACUGGAGUUCUUGAGGAACGGCGAAGGGAAGUUCCUCCAGUUCGAGGACCUAGUUUACAUAGCGGCCCAGGUCGCCUCCGGUAUGGAGUAUCUCGAAUCGAAAAUGCUGAUUCACAGAGACCUGGCCGCUCGGAACGUGCUCAUCGGGGAGAACAAUACCGCCAAAAUAUGCGACUUCGGUCUCGCCAGGGUCAUAGAAGACAACGAAUACUGCCCCAAGCAAGGCUCUAGGUUCCCAGUCAAAUGGACAGCCCCCGAAGCUAUAAUAUACGGGAAGUUCUCCAUCAAAAGCGACGUCUGGUCGUACGGCAUUCUCUUAAUGGAGCUUUUCACAUACGGGAAGAUUCCGUACCCGGGAUUGCACGGCAAGGACGUCAUCGACAAAAUCGAGAUCGGCUACCGGAUGCCGAAGCCGAUAGACGUGUACCUGCCGGACGCCAUAUACGGGCUGAUGCUGCAGUGCUGGGACGCGGUGCCUGAGAAGCGGCCCACCUUCGAGUUCCUCAAUCAUUACUUCGAAUCGUUUACGGUGACCAGCGAGAUGCCGUACAAGGAGGUACACGAUUGAUGCUGUGAUAUAGUGACGUAUAGGACGUUCGUUCUCUGACAUUACGAGGGUAGGUGUGUAUCGAUUUAAAUACGCGUUAGUACGAUCAAUAUCGAUACGCGAAUCGAUUAAGCGAAUGCUUCUUACAAUGAUUUUAAUAGCGGUGGUAGGACGUGACGUGACGAGCUAUAGUAUAACGGUUACUAAAAUGCGAUUGAGACUGGCCUCACUUCUCAAAGUGGUUGGCGGCGUUCACACUGCAAUCUCGGUAAGCCGUCAUGUACCCACAUCGACGCCUAAAACGAUAAUUUAGUUCAUUGAUGUUCGUUGUUGUAAUAAAUAAUGCUGCUGUUUUAUAAAUCGAUUGAAUAGUGUUGCGAUUCGCACUCGACGCAUCAUCGACUCGAGAGACGUUUAGUAAUUUUUAUACUCUGAUGCAAUAUUUAUAUAACAAUACAGGUAUGUGUGAGCUUGGCCGGUGGCUUUCACUCCCAUUAAUGGGUUCGUUGAGAAAUUUGAUAAGAUAUUUAGCCUAAGCCGAAUCGACUCGCAUCGUUUUGUACCAAAACACGUUCGUAUAAUAAUAUAUUAUAAUUUCUUUCCCUGAAAAAAAAAUAUAAAACUGUAAAUUGACGUGGAAUAUAAUUACGUUAUUUUACAAAAACGGGUCUAAACGAACAUUAAACUUCUCAAGCACAUCCCUAUUAAAAACACCAUUUUGAAAUUUUUAUAAAUCUUAAAAACUAUCGACAUCACCAUGAGAUUUUUAUUAACCCUUAAAUUCACUUUUAUUUAUUUAUUGUUAAUUAUUUUUAUGUUGUAAAAUAUUUGUAGAUUUAGAUUAGAGAAUUGAUGUUUGAAAAUUCAAAAAAAAAAAGUAUAUCAAAAUCAAAAUGAAAAUGAUUUACGUCACAGUGAAUUUAAGGGUGUUGUGCUGGUUUGCAAAUUCUAAUUACCCCUAUAAAUAUCAGACGAAAAAACAUGCAUACAAUGACUACAUUCUACAUUAUAAGUAUUUAUAUAGUAUGUCGGUCACUAUGUUAUUUAUGUAGCUUUAGCACCAGUAAGAUAUUAAUUUGCGUCACUAUACAAUUCGAAUUUCAAGAAACAAAAUACGAAAUCAUAUUCUAAAGAUAUAUUUGUGAUAUUCUUCGCGUAAGUUCCGACCCCCGUACAGAUCUCAAGACGACGAUCGAAGCUCCAACUUGACUCGACUUAAAACAUUUAAUUUAGUAUACACCCGAAAUAUAUCUUGUGUUUGACAUUUAUAAACAAAAACACUAUUUUGACUAUAUAUAUAUUAUAUUUAUAAAAUACAAAAUGAAAUCAAGAAACAUUUCAAUAAACAAAAAACUCGUGUCCUUGUCGUUGCUCCUUUUUUCUGGCGUUUAUAUAAAUAUAAAUCGGAUUUAUUUACAAUUUCAUUGGCUCAUUAUUUUUGCGGGGAAACCUAAUUAAUUUUCUGAAAUAAAAACAGCCAAAGUUUCUCGUCAGCUUCAGCUAUAAGCCAGCGAAUCAUAUUAAAAUCGUUUAGAGGUUCGAUAAAAAAUAUAUUAUAUUUUAUUGUUUUAUAAUAAGCCUUCGUAAAAAGUUUACAUUUAAUGUUUAUUUUUUGGUUUAUUUGUACAGUUAAUAUAUACAGACGCCGUCUGCUGUUUUACGCAGUCCUAGUGUGUCCAAAUUUAUUUGAUUUACUAUGAAUUUUUCUCUUAUAAAUGUUGAAUAAAAUUUCAGGUUACAUAUGUGUGUACUAAAUUAAACCUUUUUUUUACUCACUAAAUAUUCAUUUUACACGAUUCAAUGAUCGUAAUCGAUUGCGUCCAAUUUUAUAUUUAUUUACCGACUGAAUCCAACCCUUUAAAUGGCUCCAUGUGUUUAAAAAUAGUACGACUUAGAAAGGCACAAAUGUAAACAAAUAGAAAAAAACAUAGAACUGCAAUGAUCACGCGAAAUCUCAAUUUUUUUAAUUCGCAUUUUUUUCUUUUUUAAUCAGAGAAACCCUUUUACUAUCUAAAGUUACGACGGAUGAGAUUACUAAGUUCAAUUAACUUAUAUUUUCCUAACGAAAUUAGAUUUUUGUUUUUGACGCAUUUACUUCGUCACAGUUUUUGCGACCGUAGUGUAAAGUUAAAUAGUUAUUUAACUAUCCACACAAUUAUAACGUAAAAUGAAAAAUAAAAGAUUAUUAGUAUGAGUAUUUUUUCAGAUGUUAGCAAAAUCAAUAAUGCCAAUUCCAAGUAUUCAAAUGUACCGUCGAAGAUGCUCACUUUUGUUUUAAUUUAACAACAAAGGAGUCCCAAUAACACGUAAAAGACAAAUAAAUAUAGCUUUAGGACUAUAUACCAAAGAAUUAUUUGUACAUUAAGAACGAAAAUAGCUGUAGAUUUAAAAAAAAAAACGAAACUUAUUUAAUUUCUAACCUAUAUAGCCCUUAAUUGUUUCUAUACUGACCAACCAGGCCACGUUGUGACCAAGUCGUAAUACAUACAAUUAAUUAGAUAUUGUUUCGUCACAGUUUCAUGUUAAAAUGCUUUAAGUGAUCUUGUAUAAAAAAAAAAACAACGUAAAAAAACGAAAGAAAAAUAGUGUCUUAAACAUUCCAAUAAUUAUUCAGAGACGUUGGACACUUUUGUAAGAAGUACCGUUUAGAUAUUAAGAUUUUGUACAUACAAUGAAAUAAAUGUCAUUUAUAUUAAAAAAAUAAAAA